CCCUCCGAAGAGAGUGUCACCAGUUUGCUCCAAAGUAGACACAAACGCAACCAACCCUACACCCGCGUGGGUCAAGUUAAUUUAAUCGUCGUAAAUCCCUAUCAACCACUCGAUAUCUUGAACGAUGCCACAUUGCAAGCCUAUGCUGACACUGGCUACAGAAAUGUAUCUGAGCAGCGACUAUUUCUGCAACCGCAUGUCUACGAAUUGGCCGCCCGUGCUUAUUUUCACAUGCGCCGGUCUGGAGAAGACCAGAGUAUUCUAUUAAGUGGCAUUACUGGAUCGGGAAAAAGUACGACUCGUACCCACCUGCUUACCCAGCUGCUGCUCUUGUCCACUCACAGUAAAAAAGAAACCAAACUACAGAUGCAAAUCAAGCAUGGUCUUGUUAUUCUCGAAGCAUUUGGUCACUGCCGGACUGUCCAGAAUACAUCUGCUUCCAAGUUUGGUAUCUUUCAGGAGCUUCAAUUCAGUGAACGGGGCCGUAUUCAGGGAGCCAAGAUCCUUGCUUAUGCCUUUGACAAAACCAGAGUAACCCAUGUCCCAAAAGAUGAACGCAGCUUUCACAUCUUCUACUCCUUACUAGCCGGAACAAGUGUUGACGAAAAGACAGCACUCCACAUCAACUUUCCCCCUGAGCAUUUUCACUAUCUUAACCAGUCCAGAUCAAUCAAAGUCCCUGAAUUGAAUGACGAGAUUGCCUUUGGUGAUCUCAAGAGCGCACUCAAGGUCUGUGGUUUCAAGGCCAAAACAGUCUCUCAGAUCUUCCAGCUCUUGGCUGCCAUCCUCCACCUAGGGAAUCUUCAAUUUGCCGGACACUACGAAACAGGCGUGGCCGCACAAGAAGCCUGCAGCGUCAGGAACCGAGACAUCCUCGACACCGUAUCUGCAAUGCUCGGCGUUUCUCCUUCAAAACUCGAGACUUCCCUGACCUACAAACUCAGACUCAUCCGAACCGAACUCUGCACCAUCUUCAUGAACCCCCAGGGCGCAGCAGAACAGCGCGAUUCUCUUGCACGCGCUCUUUACCAUGUACUAUUUCUCUGGCUGGUCGAGUCGAUGAACACAAAGAUAUGCUACAGUGACCGGGAAGCCGCAAAUUAUAUCGGUAUCCUGGACCAGUUUGGUUUUCAGAACUUCAAGAACAAUGGCUUUGAGGAAUUCUGCACAAACUUUGCAAACGAACGUGUCCACCAGUUUGUAGUUAGCCAGCGCUUCGAUGAUCACAAGGGUCUGCCAGGAAUAAUGACCCGUGACCGAGUUCCGGUCGCACCAGUCCUGGUCGACACCAUGGCCUGCUCUGAUCUUCUUAUCGGAAAAGAAAAGGACACACGCGAGAAGAAUACCGGCCGGUCUGCCGUUCUUGGCCUAGGUGGUCUUGUCAAUGUUCUCGACCGGGACUGUGCAAAGUUCCAGAUGGGCGCUACUGACGCAACGGAUGCCAACUUCCUUGCAAAUCUCCAAAGACAGUAUGGCUCGCACGCUGCAUUUGCAAAGUCAGCCCACGCGUUUUCCUUUGGUAUUCACCAUUUCGCAGGCACGGUCCACUACACAGUCGAAUCGUUCUUGGAAAAGAACCUCGACGACCUCUCGCCUGAUUUUGUCAACCUGCUGCGAGACAACAGCACCAACACCUUUGUGUCGACCUUAUUCCAGAGCACCGCCAUGUCGACCGAGUCCCACCCCAAGGACGACCGAACCAUCGUCAAGGCCCAGCUUACCAACAAACCAACCCGGUCGCCAUCUACCAAACGGAAUGCCAAGCGCCGGGGAACGGAUGCGAAUGAGAACCUCUACAUGACCCUGCGCGAUUUGUUUAACACCAUGGCCGACACCCGACUGUACCACAUUCUCCACAUCCGGCCCAAUGACAGCCAGUCUCCUGACCUGUUCGACGUCAAGCGGGUCAAGGCCCAGGUCCAUUCGUUGUUGCUUCCUGAACUUGCUGUCCGGUGUCGACAGGAAUACGCAAGCUAUUAUACGUUUAAUGAAUUCCUGAUGCGGUACGAGCGCCUCGCAGUCUCGCUCCAGAUCGACAGCACAAAGCCUGAGCGCGGCCAGGUCGAUGUGAUCCGGGCGAUGAUGAACUGGGCCGAGACCCAGGUUUACAUUGGCAAUGACAUGGUCUGGCUCUCCUAUGAGAUCUGGCGAGAACUUGAGGACGGUCUCCGUGCUUACGAAAAAGAGGAGAGAGAGCGAGCCAAGGGCCCGAUCGAGCCGACACAAGAUCCUCGUGCCAUGGCCACCACAAACUAUGCCAGGCAAGAUAUUCUCUUGCCACAAAUUGACCCCGAAAAUCCCGUACAGCAGGCCUCAUUGGCCCAUGCGUCUGUUUAUGAAGACGGCGCCAGUUAUGCUGAGAGUGACGAUGGCAUGAAGCGAGAAAUGGAAGGAUCUCAAUGGGGAGAUGAAUCCGAGUGGGGAGUCAAGGGAUUUGGCCCCAAUAUGGAUAUGAGUAAAAUGGUAGAAGACUACCACGUACCGCAGAAUGAACAAGUAGAAGAAAUGCCUAUCACAGCCGUACGUAUCUGGUGGGUACGUUUCGUUUGGAUGACAACCUGGUGGAUCCCAUCUUUCCUUUUACGAAUCCUUGGAAAGAUGAAGCGUGAAGAUGUUCAGAUGGCCUGGCGUGAAAAGGUCACGCUUUGUAUCUUGAUUGCCUUUUUCUCGAGCAUGGUCAUCUUUGUCAUCGUCGGUCUUGGAGAAGUCAUCUGUCCGGGCACAAAGGACAUGUACUCGGUCUCGAAUGUACAGGCCCAUGCGACAGCCGACGAUAUGUACAUGAUGGUCCGCGGCUCUGUAUACGACAUGACAAGCUUUGCGAUCACAGGCCAUGGAACAACAGCUCUUCCGGCUAACAAAGACACAAUGAACCAACUCGCCGGCCUGGAUGUGUCCUAUACCAUCCCGCCACCCCUGACAUCUGCCUGUGAAGGCUUGGUAACUUCGCCAACCAUCAAAGUCAUGCCGAACGUGUCGGAUGUGAUCGGAACCUUUGUUCACAACUCUGGAGACCAACUCACAAUCCCAACCCUGACAAAAAUGAAAGAUCCACGCUGGUACUGGAGCUACUUUGAACCUCAACUGACGCUCUACAAAAAGGGUAAAGUGGUCAUUCCUAUUAAACAGCUCCAAGCUGAUUUCCAAGGCUGGGGACGUCUGGCAAUCGCGAUAAAUGGAAGAGUGUACGACAUCAAUGAUUACAUGGCAACCGCAAAGACCUACGAUACUGGAUCCACGGCAAGCGAUUACCAUUAUUUGCACAGUACGGUCGAGGAGAUCUUUAGCAAGUUCAGUGGAACAGACGCAACAGACAAGUGGAACCAGUACAAAAACUCAAUGUCAGUCGAGGACCAGGCUCUCAACAUGAACUGCCUAGACAACUUCUUUUAUAUUGGCGAUGUCGAUCAGCGCGAGACCUUACGCUGUACAUUCACAAACUUCUUGCUGCUCUCUUUUGCCGUACUCAUGUGCUUUGUGAUCUUUGUCAAGUUCUUGGCCGCCCUUCAGUUUGGUGGUGCGCCUACUCCAGAAGACCACGACAAAUUUGUGAUUUGCCAGGUGCCGUGCUACACCGAAGACGAGGAGUCCCUUCGAAAGACUAUCGACUCGCUCACUGUGCUAAACUAUGACGACAAGCGCAAGCUGCUGCUAAUCAUUGCAGACGGCAUGAUCAUGGGCAGCGGUAACGACAGGCCGACCCCCCGUAUCGUACUCGAUGUCCUGGGAUACGACACUAAAAACGACCCGGAACCCUUGAUGUUCAAGUCAAUUGGUGAAGGAAGCAAGCAGCUCAACUAUGGCAAAGUUUACUCUGGACUCUACGAAUGCGAAGGACAUGUUGUGCCUUAUGUGGUCAUUGCCAAGGUCGGCAAGGCUUCCGAACGUGCAAAACCUGGUAAUCGUGGAAAGCGUGAUUCGCAGAUGAUUUGCAUGAAUUUUUUGAACAAGGUCCAUUUCGAUGGCGAGAUGACCCCUUUAGAGUUGGAAGUGUACCAUCAAAUCAAGAACGUGAUUGGUGUCAAUCCAUCGUUUUACGAGUACAUUCUCAUGGUAGACUCGGACACCGAGGUUCUGCCGGAUGCACUAAAUCACAUGAUCUCUUGUAUGCUCCACGAUGGUCGAAUCAUUGGUCUCUGCGGUGAGACUAAGCUAGUGAAUGAAGAUGGUUCGUGGACGACGAUGAUCCAAGUGUACGAGUACUACAUUUCCCAUCAUCUUGCCAAGGCAUUCGAGUCUCUGUUUGGAUCCGUUACUUGUCUUCCAGGAUGUUUCUGCAUGUACCGAAUCCGAACCCCUGUAAAAAACGAGCCGCUGAUUAUUUCCCCAAAGGUCAUUAGUGAUUAUUCGGACAAUCACGUCGAUACGCUACACAAGAAAAACCUUCUCCAUCUGGGAGAGGAUCGGUACUUGACUACGUUGAUGAUGAAGCACUUUCCACAGUACAAAAUGAAAUUCACUGCCCACGCGCAGUGUAAGACCGUGGCCCCAGACCGAUGGCAGGUGUUGUUGUCUCAGCGACGACGAUGGAUCAAUUCGACAAUCCACAACUUGUUUGAGGUUGUACUGUUGCCAGAUCUCUGUGGAUUCUGUUGUCUAUCGAUGCGAUUUGUUGUCUUGAUUGAUUUGAUCGGUACGCUUACUUUACCUGUAUCUGUUAUCUACCUCGUGUACUUGAUCUAUGUGAUUGCUUCCAAAACCGGACCUCUUCCUGUUCUUGCGUUGUGUAUGUUGGCGGGUAUUUACGGUCUUCAGGCCAUCCUGUUUAUUCUAAAGCGACAAUGGCAGCACAUCGGAUGGAUGUUUUUCUAUAUCCUAGCCAUUCCUGUCUUCUCGUUUUUCCUGCCAAUAUACUCGUUCUGGCAUUUUGACGACUUCUCAUGGGGUAAUACUCGUGUGGUAGUAGGAGACAACAAGCAAAAGAAAAUUAUUGUAGCCGAUGAUGAAAAGUAUGAUGAGAAGAUGAUUCCUCUAAAGAAAUGGAGUGUGCAUGAGCAAGAAGUAUGGGAGAUGGGAUCUAUUGGAACCAAGGAGACAGGUAUCACAGGACAGAGCUACCACACACACCAUUCCAAGGGACAUUCCAUCUAUGAUAACCGUAGUCAAUAUGGCGGUAGUCAAGUAGGCGAGUAUGACUAUUAUCGUGACACAGCCAUUAUCGACAAACGCAACCGACCACGGCCA